ACCCAGGCGCAGGUUGAUGAUGACGACACAGUUUAAGAUUGUAUUCUUUGAUUUUAUUAAUAAAUUAACUAAUAGAUCGUUAAUUAUUGCAUUUAUCUAGUUGUAUUAAGAAAAAUAAUAACGUGAUUUUAGCGACGAAAAUGUGGAGACUGAAAACCAUCCGACAUAAAGCAAGUCGAUCUGCCAAUGACUUGGAGGAGUUUAAACAUAAGAAGAGAGAAUUUGAGAAAGCUCUUAGGCAGGCGAGAAGAGACAGACAGCUUAUCAGUAAGAGACUGCUGCAGAAUGAAGAUGAAGACUCUGUGGAGACAGACUCUGUCCAUCUGUCACCUGAACAGGUUAGAGAGAUGAUACGUGGCAUCCAGUGUGGUGGGGAGGAGAAAGCAACUCGUCUUGCAUGUCUAAGAAAAGCUCUUAGAAACCCUGAGACCCAACUCGCUUUCAUCAAGUCUGAAAACAGCAUGCAUAUGUUGAUCGGGCAGCUUAGUGGUCAUAAUGCCCAGUGUCAGCUUGAGGCUGUUCGCGCUCUUCAUGAGCUGUCUCACUCUCCUCACCCCAGUGUAGGUCAAGCGUGUCUGUCUGCCGGCCCGUACCUCCUCACAUACCUCUCCGGUCAGAGCCCGAAGCUGACGGAGCUCUGUUUAUACACUCUGGGAAACUUGUGUCCUGACAACGGUUCAUGCAGAGAGAAGCUUCUGGCACAGGGAAUCAUUUCUGCAUUGGCAAACUGCAUUCAAAGUCAAAAGUAUAAUCUGGCUGUGGUGGAGGCUGUCGGCUUUGCCCUGUCUCAGCUGCUACAGGACAAAGACGCUACUGAUAAAAUUAUACCAGCAGUUGUGGAUUCAGGAAUAAUAUCGGAUUUGAUCUCCGCAUUGAAUCCACAUUGUGACUUUGGCUUUGGACCAGCAAUUGAGUGUGCGUGGUGUUUACACUAUUUAGUUAGCAGUAAUUUGGAUAACAAGGUGCUGGUGACUCAAGGUGCUCUUUCACAGUGCAGUGCUUGUUUAAUAACAUUAGGGGGCACCGUUGCUAAAGGAAACCUUGAGGAUGGGCUUGAACUGCUCAUCUGGCCUCUCCUCCGUUGCCUUGGUAACCUGCUGGUCAGCGAAGGGUGUGAUGUAAUGCCAGAAGACACGCGCCUCCUCGCCGCGCUGUGCGUCUUCAGUCAGGCUUAUCUGCAACCUCACAUGGGUCUGAGCAGAGAGAGCUUGUGGGUGCUCAACAACCUCACAGCUAGUUCCAGUGGAUUUUGCUCUGGUCUCGUGCUCCUCAACUUGGUUCCUAUUUUAAUCAAUCUACUGUCCUUCUCCAAAGGAAUCAAUUUAAUGGUGCUAAGAGUUCUGGGUAAUAUUGCCCAUAAUGGCCCAGAAUGCUGUGUUCGGCUAACUCAAGCUGGGGUGCUCAGCGGCCUUUGUGCCACGCUCAAAAUGGCCGAGCCGGAGGUGGUUACUCUAAGCCUGGAAGUCCUGCACAUGUUGGUGUCCAGCAGCCCACAGGUGAUUGAGGAGUUCACCCGGUUGAAUGGUGUUCCUCUACUGGAGGCGAUUCAAUAUAACAGUGAAGCAGAACAGCGCGUCAGAGCUGCUUACAUUCUCGAUAAUCAUUUCUCUGAGGUGGAGAGUCUUUCGUAAAACCUAUCGGGGUCCAUCCACAGAACAGAAGAAUUGAAAUGUUGGUGUUUUUAUGACAUCAAUCACAGUUAGAUGCAUUUUAGCAUUUGCAAAAUGAUUCAGGUUCUCUGGUUUUUUAAAGCAUCCUGCAAGUACGGCUCAUGGUGUAUUUUUGUUCAUGGUAGGCGUAUUCAUGUUUUUUGCUACCUGCUGUUCCCACAGAACCGUAGACACAACAUGCAGCAUAUUCUGUACGUACUUGAACUGGCUGUGGUGUCCUUUUAAAUUAAAUACAAAAAGUUACCAGUAACAUCACCAUGUACCCAAAGACUGCUCAGAUAUGCACAGUAUAAUAGUAAAACAAAUUCCUAGAUUGUUUACAAUACACAUAUUAUAUAUUAUAUUAUAUUAUAGUCAGCUUUAUUGUCAGUUCUGCUAUAUGUAUAUUAAUUAUUAUAUUAAGUCAGCUCUGUUGUCCAUUCUGCUAUAAUAAGUACAGGACAUACAGAGGACUGAAAUACUGUUUCCCUCAUACCCAUGGUGUGAGACCCAACAUAAGACAAUUUUUAAAGGAAUAAGAUGAAACAAAAUAAUAAUAAAAAUACUAAAGAAAAAAAUUAAAUAAGAACAAAAAUACAUUUUUUAUUAUAUUAAAUGAAAUAUUGUAUUAUAUUGUAUUAUGCCUAGAAUUCACAAUAAACACUGCUGUAUUUUCUGUAAGUCAUAAUAAAAUAAAAUUA